UCCUCCUCAUGUGUCAAUAUUCGAUUGCUACUUAUUCCAUAAUUGGAGGUUCCGCGCCUUCCGGCGUUUCUCUCGAGGGUCUCGGAGAACAACAGAGGAAGAGGUAGCAUAGAACCUCAUCUCAACGAUGGAGAGCUUCGCUCUUCACCCACCUUCCGUCAAGACCUUCGCUUCUUCCUCUCGUAUUUCUCUAUCCCGGCGAUCUCGAUCGCCUUGUUGCAAAUAUCUCCCGUCAAUCUCUCCUGCACCAUCCAUCAGACCAAUCGAUGAUUUCAGAUCUUUUUCAACCUCCUUUCUCGGUUCUCAUGCUCGACUCUCUCUCUUCAAACCGAAGCCAUUUGCACCUCUUCUUAAACCCUACACUUCUCAUAAAACCAUUAAAGCUUCCUCCUCUUCCUCAGACAAGAAGGUACAGAUUUCUGCUUCUGGCUCUGGUCCUGGUCCUCAGGGAGCGAAGCUCAUCCCCCUCGUAAUAUCAGUCGCCAUUGGAGUUAUCGUUCGAUUCUUCGUACCAAAACCAGUUGAAGUCACUCCGCAAGCAUGGCAGUUGCUUUCUAUCUUCUUGUCGACCAUAGCCGGACUGGUUUUGAGUCCUCUUCCAGUCGGUGCUUGGGCGUUUCUUGGUCUCACGACCUCAAUUGUUACAAAAACCCUAUCUUUCUCAACUGCUUUUGGGGCAUUCACCAGCGAGGUUAUUUGGUUGAUUGUCAUUUCGUUUUUCUUUGCUCGGGGAUUCGUCAAGACGGGCCUUGGUGAUAGGAUUGCGACUUACUUCGUCAAGUGGCUUGGAAAAAGUACGUUGGGAUUGUCUUACGGAUUGACGCUUAGUGAAGCGCUUAUUGCUCCAGCGAUGCCGAGUACGACUGCAAGAGCUGGAGGAGUGUUCUUGCCGAUUAUUAAGUCGUUGUCUCUUUCUGCCGGCAGUAAACCGGGGGAUCCCUCUUCCAAAAGGCUUGGUUCCUAUCUGGUUCAGUCCCAAUUCCAGUCCGCUGGUAACUCAAGUGCUCUUUUCCUAACUGCUGCAGCUCAAAACCUACUUUGCCUCAAGUUGGCUGAGGAACUUGGGGUGAAAAUUGCAAGUCCAUGGGUUUCCUGGUUCAAGGCUGCUAGUUUGCCUGCAUUUGUUUCUCUUCUGGUUACUCCCUUAGUCCUGUAUAAGAUCUACCCCCCUGAAAUCAAAGAUACACCAGAUGCUCCUGCUAUGGCUACAAAGAAACUGGAGCAGAUGGGUCCUGUCACAAGGAAUGAAUGGGUGAUGAUCUGUACAAUGCUCCUUGCUGUUUCCUUGUGGGUAUUUGGAGAUACUCUUGGUAUAGCAAGUGUAGUUGCAGCAAUGCUUGGGUUAUCCAUUCUCCUGCUCUUGGGAGUUCUGCAAUGGGAUGAUUGCUUAAGUGAAAAAUCAGCUUGGGAUACUUUAGCUUGGUUUGCGGUUCUUGUUGGCAUGGCAGGUCAAUUGACAAAUCUUGGUAUAGUAACAUGGAUGUCUAGUUGUGUGGCCAAAUCCCUUCAGUCAUUAUCAUUGAGCUGGCCAGCUGCAUUUGGUGUUCUCCAGGCAGCUUAUUUCUUCAUCCACUACUUAUUUGCAAGUCAGACUGGUCAUGUAGGAGCUCUGUUCUCUGCAUUUCUUGCCAUGCACUUGGCAUCUGGAGUACAUGGUGUGUUGGCUGCACUGGCUUUGGCAUAUAACACCAAUCUCUUUGGUGCAUUAACACAUUAUAGCAGUGGUCAGGCAGCAGUUUAUUAUGGAGCGGGUUAUGUAGACCUUCCUGAUGUUUUCAGACUGGGCUUUAUAAUGGCCCUCAUCAAUUCUGUGAUCUGGGGAGUUGUUGGAAGUUUCUGGUGGAAAUUUUUGGGCCUUUAUUGAGUUUUGGCCUUGUAAGUUAACUUCAUUUUUUCACUUGUUAGAUGAUGUUUCACUGUACCUGAGCAUAAUUUGAAACUUUGAGUACUGACUUCAUUUGAAUAAAAUUUUUUAAGUUUAGUUUGACUUCCAAAUUUUGUUCCCAUUU